CGUGAGAGCAAAGUGAGCAGCUGCACCUUCCCCCAAGCAACCACCUGCGUUACGCAUCUCCUCUGGAAUGGACAAUGGAACGGUCUCUGGCUUUAUCAUGAUCAAAAACUUCUUCCUCUUCUGCGUCUCCAUGAGUUUAGCCGGCCGCUUCGGCUUAUCUCAAACACCGACAGCACCAGGAAAAGAGGACACCAAUGAUAACAUUACCAUCUUCACCAGGAUCUUGGAUGGCCUGCUGGAUGGCUAUGACAACCGGCUGCGCCCAGGACUAGGAGAGAGAAUAACUCAGGUGAAAACAGAUAUCUAUGUUACCAGUUUUGGCCCCGUGUCAGACACAGAGAUGGAAUACACCAUAGAUGUAUUUUUCCGACAAAGCUGGAAGGACGAAAGGCUUCGAUUCAAAGGACCUAUGCAGCGUCUCCCUCUCAACAACCUGCUUGCCAGCAAAAUCUGGACACCAGACACUUUUUUCCACAAUGGCAAGAAGUCUAUUGCUCACAACAUGACGACACCAAACAAACUUCUGCGCCUCGAGGAUGACGGCACUCUGCUGUAUACAAUGAGACUGACCAUCUCUGCUGAGUGUCCCAUGCAGCUUGAAGAUUUCCCCAUGGACGCACAUGCCUGCCCAUUAAAAUUUGGAAGCUACGCUUACCCCAAUUCUGAAGUGAUCUAUGUGUGGACCAACAGCACCACAACCUCUGUGGUUGUGGCCGAAGACGGUUCCCGACUUAACCAGUACCACUUGAUGGGACAAACUGUGGGAACUGAAAACAUCAGUACCAGUACAGGCGAAUACACUAUUAUGACAGCACAUUUUCAUCUGAAAAGAAAAAUCGGUUAUUUUGUCAUCCAGACGUACCUUCCUUGCAUUAUGACUGUGAUCUUAUCACAAGUGUCGUUUUGGCUAAACAGAGAAUCUGUCCCUGCUCGGACUGUCUUUGGAGUAACAACAGUCCUCACCAUGACCACCUUAAGUAUCAGUGCCCGCAACUCUUUGCCAAAAGUGGCCUAUGCUACUGCCAUGGACUGGUUUAUAGCCGUCUGCUAUGCCUUUGUGUUUUCUGCAUUGAUUGAGUUUGCAACAGUCAACUAUUUCACCAAGAGGAGUUGGGCAUGGGAUGGCAAAAAAGCCCUGGAAGCUGCUAAAAUCAAGAAGAAAAAAGAGCGCCAGUUGCUGGGAAAUAAAGCAACAAAUACGUACAGCACCGGGAAGAUGACCCCCGCCCCAAACAUGCCAAAGGACUCGGCCCCCUCCGUCAUCUCAAACGCUGCUGCUGCUCCAGUGAAAUCUGCAGAAGAAAAGCCUGCCGAAAGCAAAAAGACUUACAACAGCAUCAGUAAGAUUGACAAAAUGUCCCGGAUAAUUUUUCCAGUGCUGUUUGGAACUUUUAACUUAGUCUACUGGGCCACAUAUUUGAAUAGGGAGCCUGUUAUUAAAGGUGCCAACUCUCCAAAAUAAACUGAAGGACUCUAAAGCCACACGUGAGCCAUACUUACAAAGCAGAUGCUACCAAGGAAAAUUUGAGAUCCAGACCACUUUCUACAUUUGGGCAAUAUUCUUCAGGAAGUUUUUUGCAUGUUUAAUAAUAUGUACAAAUAAUAUUGCCUUGAUUGUUUCUACAUGUAACCUCAGAUGUUUUGGAGACGAUUAUAUUACUUACAGCAACAAGAUCUUUAUAAAAGAUCAGAAGACAUUGAACAUGGCUUCUUUGCUGCUGAGUAUCUUGCAUUGAUAGUUUACAAAUAAAAUAAGUUAUAUUUUUUAACUGUUUGAGUGUACUACAUGUCGUGGUUUUUAUACUUCAGAUGUACAGUCAUACAAUUGUAGGCUUAACCUCUAUUUUACAGAAGAGCUCCACUGUUGUCAUCUGAUAGGUUACUAUGAAUAAUGCCAGUUGUAAAUGUGCCAAAUUAUUAAACGUAGGGCUAUGUUUGAGCACCUUUACUGGUGAUAGGUAGUGCAUUACUCCACAGAAAAGUAAAAACACAAACCUGCUCAGCCCGGUUUUCAUUAAUAGAAGUUAAUACAAUGCAGUAAAUCCUAAUGGGGCUAUACUGAUUUUCACUGCUUGAGCCUCUAGCUUGCAGUGAAGUAACAUAGGGAGCAAGAUGCUACUUGUGUAAAUAAAGGUGGUGGAAUCUUGCCCUUAAAAGAAAAUAACGUUUGGUUUUUGCAUUCCAAGGGAAUUUUCUCAAAUGGGUUUCAGUAUCUAUUCCAAAAAAUAGAGAUAUAUUGCAUGAAAUUAACAUAGAUUAGGAACAUAUUUGUGCAAAUAAAACUUUUGACAAUGGCAGUAGACAUUUUUAUUAAGGUAAAGUAACAAAUGUUCGGAGGUUUUCCCAAGAAGAUUGUGUUAUAUUAGCAGAGACAAAAAGUAAAGAAUUACAGUAAUUCUGAAAUAAUUACUUGGUUCCCACAGUGAAAACCAAUCAGACAAUACUAAGGUGUAUGAUCAGGGAAAAAAAAAAGAAGGAAAGGAUGUGCUUCAUGACAGCAAGGUAUUUCAGUGGCAAUUCUGACAGGAAGGUGUUUGUACUGUCCAUCUGAAAAUUUUCUAUGAAACGCCUUGCUGCUGCCAAUGUGUUUUGCUUUCACAAUGAAUGAGAAAAUGCAACCUGAAUUUUCAGCUCUUUCCUCCUUGGCAUCUUUCUUUGUUCCAGAAGCUUUUGUAAUUUAAUGUUUAA